AUGUGUGCUAAUUUGGCUCAUCCGACGAACGAUAAUGAAAUAUACACGCCUACGCAUAAUGCUUUGUCGGGACAAACAGUUUCUUCAAUGUAUAAACUCAAAGACAUUGAUAACCACGACGGCGCAUUCUUUGUUUUUGGGGAUCUAUCCGUCAAAGUGGAAGGAAGCUUCAGAUUGAAGCUUUCCUUAUUCGAAAUUACAAGCACAGGCGCUGUCUGUCUUAAAUCCAUCUUCACUCAGCCUUUUAUUGUCUACCCUACUAAAAAGUUUCCCGGAAUGUUGGACUCCACCUUUUUGUCACGAUCAUUUUCUGACCAGGGUACACGUAUCCGCAUUCGCAAAGAAAAUAGAGCCCAAAUGUAA